GUUUCUAUUACGUUGAUUUGACGUUGACGGUGGUCCACCGCACCCACCAAAGGCUGGAGGCUACCUGAGAAGCUGGAACAUCCCUGUUUUGUUCCCUGCUGACCCAGCCUCAGUGAGCCGAACCAUAGCCUCAUGUUGACGGUGUGAGUAGUCAUGGGAUUGAGGCGGGGGGAGAUCUCUCACCCAUCACUGAGUUAGCUGACUGGAAGCUCUCAUAUAUUUUAUUUAAAAAAAAAAAAACAUCCCAAACCAUGGCGAAGCAGUACGAUGUGCUCUUCCGACUCCUGCUACUCGGAGAUUCUGGGGUUGGGAAAACAUGUUUGCUGUGCAGAUUCACGGACAACGAAUUUCACCCAUCUCACAUCUCCACCAUCGGUAAGAAAUUGCAGAAGUUAGUUUAUUAUUUAAAAUUUAUUCGAUAUUUUGUCAGAGAAAUUGCAUCUCUCGUCAUUUGCAUGGUUUUCCUUUGAUGCCAUUUGCCUGUCACAUUUUCUUUGUGACUGCUGAAAUUUCAAUGCAAACUCCUCAAAUAAGACCUGAAAAGAAAUAAGCAAUGAUGUCUUGAUUUGUAAGGGGAAACGUGUUUAUGUGGAUUACACAAAUGGUUCAGCAUGAAAUCAGUGUGAUAACAGUGGUUGGGGAAGCCCUUAGGGGGAAGAUUCAACACUUGGCAGCCAUGAAGAUGAGUUUACCAACUGUCAGCACUUGGCUCUGACAGUCAAACUUGGUGCCACCAUCCAAAAUAAGAGCAUAGAAUGCUUUUAUAUCCAGGGAGAGGUUGUGUUUGUCAUCUUUGUUAACCCCCCCCCCCCCCCCCCUUUGAGCUCUGAUGGUCUGUUAGUUGGAUUCAAAUCCAGACUCUAAACGAUUAACAAUAUUACAGUAUUAUUCGACAUGUUAGUUGACCCGAUACAAGGGUGUCUCCAGAAUUUUUUGUCCAGGCUGGCCUGACCAGAGUGGCCCAACUGGGGGGGCCUAAAAUUUGUGUGCAAACCCACACUGGAGUGAAAAGUACUUUUAUGUCUUGACCUGACAUUGUUGCUUUCAGACCACAGGAACUUCUUCAUUGUCCUAGGUACUGUUGGACCCUUCACAGCGCUAAAACAAUGGACUAUUUGGUUCCAAGAACAUUUUUUCACUGGUCACCUGCUUCAGAGCAGAGAUGGGAUUCAGAGUGGGUAUGUUGCCAGCACAACAGGAAAACAGUUGGUAAAAGCUCUUGGAAUCAUUAGAAAUUAAGAAAACGCCAAGAAAUGUACAAUUGAGUCAAAGCUGUAUUGGGUUUUUAUGUGUCAAAGGAGGUAUUGGCUUCGUAGAGCAAAUUAUUAAAGUAUUUGAAAGUAUUUUCUGUGAGCUCGCUACACUAGUCAUUCACCAGACAAUGAAGCAGUACUGUGGGAAGCUGAAAGACCUUUAACAAGACUACAAAACUUAGAAUACUACAACAACUAAAGCAGUAGUGUCAAAAAAAGCAGUUAUUCAGGUGAUGACAAUGUCCCACAGGAUACAGCAGUCAAACUUUUAGAGGCUUUUGUCACCUGGAGCUAGAGUUCGUGAGUUGGAGCCUCUUCAGAGAGUAAGUGGCCUUCACUGCAGCAUCCUCCAUAUUUUCAUUUGUUUCAUACAGCUGAAGUUGUUGUAGCAACUGUCAGCAAGCUUACCUCACUUCAAGGUUAAAAUCAGCCAUCACCAUGGCGAUAUGCAGACAGGAAAAAGUCCCCAUGUGUCUGGUUCUCAAGGAACUUCCCAGGUAAUAGUACCCAGAACUGUUAUUCUGAAAUCACCUAAUGUUUAUAUAAACUUGAAGCAUCAGAGAAUUUUUGCUGUGGAAUAGUGACAAAAAUGUUUUUCGUCAUCUUGCUGUCUCUCAGGUAUUAAAAGUAACCCUAAUGGUCUCAUUUGCUUUUGUAAAUCAUAAAGAGGCACCACAGUUAGUUUCAUUGUCUUACAAUAAGCUAAAAACUAAUCCCAGGAGCUUUGCAAGGGUCUCAAAAACGUAAAUAUUUUAGAGUAGUCCUUACCUUAUUUUAAAGCAACACAACAGAGGGACAACAUGUAUGUAACUCUUAAAGCUGUUGGUGUAAGUCACUUUUCACAAAGUACAAAAAUGUCUAACACUAAAAAACAAAGAAACCCUGUUGGAAAGCUUUCAAAACAGUGUUUCAUUUCAAAAUUUCCACCUCUGAAGGACAAAAAGUGUAUUUUCUAAAAAAUGGUUAGAGUCUCUGUGAAGUCAUGAAGAGGUUUCUAAAAGCUAGAUCUUCUGAUACCUAAUCACGGUGGGCACCAUAUUGGAAAUGCAGACUUAAUCUAACUUUGAAUUAACCUGUGGGUGGAGCUAAAGCAGGGUUUAAGCCUCCUGGCUAACAGCUCCAACCUGUGAUUCAACUAAGCAACACCCCAUGAAGCGAAUAGAUGUGCAAGCGACUUCAGUGUAACUCUUGCCCUUUUAAAUGUGGCAUGUAAGAACUUAUUAGCUUCUGCAAUGAGUCCCAUGUGGACACUCAAGGAAGUGCAGUUUUUUGCACUUCCAAAUUGGCUUCAUUCAACAUCAAAGGUCAUCAUUUGAUUGCCAAUCAUAGUUGAGGAUUUUGGGGUGGCCUCUCAAAUACGACAGGGGGGCCUUGACUACUCCUGGCUGUCCCUUAGAUCCGCCCCUGAACUGCAUUAACAAAAUGGACAAAGAUACUUGACGUGUUGACUAAGGACAUUUUUGAGUUACCCAGACCCAUUACUAAGUUGUAUUUUUUUUUAGGAAAGUGAAGCUGAACAUUUUAUCACUGACUUCUUUCUUCAUAUUUGAAAUGUAGACUGUGCUGUGUCGUUCUCUGUAGUUUGGUUCAGAUUUCAGAGCGCCACAGGAGUGUUGCUGAGCUUCACUUUGAAAUUGGGCAAAUGAGGACAUACAGCAAGCCAUGCUCUGUUUUCUCACGCUGCAGCGGUUUCUGCUGCCAUCUCAUUUUUCUGCUCCUCUUCCUGUGUGUUUAUGUGCGAGAUGUUUUCUCACAGUAAUCUUUGAUUUUUAGGGAGAUACUUUUGGACUUUUCUUGCAGUAAUUGGCAGUAAUGUAGAGAAAAAAAAUCCCAUCUGUGUAGCAUGUGGAGUUAAAAGGGAGAUAGCUGGCUGCAAGAGCAGAAAAGACAGUAAGUUGUGCUAAUGAGGUCAAGAUUAUGAAUCAUGAAAAGUCUGGGGUUUGUAGACAGAUGGUGCAUGAAAAGAUCACAUAGAAAAGACUCUGGACCUCACCUGCUUCAUUUAAGUGUAGAUUCAGGAAUGUGCUAUUUAAAGGUCUGCACACAGCUCUCAACAGGAAGCUCCACUCUCCUGUGAAUUGAAGUUUACCUCAUUUAUUACAAGCUUUGUGCUGUGCCUUGCAAGAUCUUUUGUGUCCUUAGGUUGCCAUGUUUCAAAUAUUCAUCACCAUAUGGAUGCUGGAAAAUCAGACUCUUCUGUUCAUGCAGGCGGCUGUUUGUGUUCGACUAUUUCUAUAAGCCAUGGUGGGAGGUCUUUCAUGAUCCUGCAAUAAUUCAAUUUCCUCCUCUUACACAAAACAAGCCCACAGAGUCCAAAUAAAGAUAGAAAGAUCAAGAGUGACCACCGUCAGAGCUCUCCUGUGGGGGAUCAAUAAAUAAUUUCCCAACCUUCAUGGUGACAGAGGGAUAUAAAUUCUCUUCAGGACCUCCUUCAUGGGUGGCUCUAUAAUUCAUCAGUUCAUGCUACACUCUACAAGCGCCAUGUUUGGGGUCAACAGUCUCAAAACUCCUUGCAAAGUCCUCUACAAACACAAGAUAUAAAGCAGAUGGUUGUUUUGUUUACUAUCUCCUGCAGUAAACAGGGCUCCAAGCAAACAUUGUGAUAACGAGAAGGUAUGAAUGAAGCAAAAAUGAAACCCUGUAUGCUGUUUUAACUCUUUACGCUCUAUCUGUGGCUGGAUGCUUUUCAGGUAAAGGCUCUGCUCUGUGCUGGUAUAUUAAGAUCUGUCAAGUAGCUAUCAUUAACAAAGCCAACAGUAAAAGGCUUGGGCUGCAGAUACAAAUUCUAGACUCUAAAACAUUACUCCCACAUGAUUGAUUAAAUCUUCUCCUCAUUCACUGACAUUAAUAUGCUACUUAAACCACCUCCACAGUUGUUAUUGCUUCACAUUAGAUUUUGGUCUUUAUCUACAGAUACUGUGGAAAAUCAUUUGAUUCCACAGGUCGUUGAUGAUUUUUGAUGGCAGGGAUUUGUGCAAACAUGUUGAGUUCUUCAAAGCAAAAUGUAGGAGGCUUUCUCAGUUCAGCGCUUGCUGAAGGCAAACUGGAGAAAGAGUUCAGUACAAAAUGCAAUUCAGCCAGGACCAUGUUCAUCAAAAAGAAUUACCAUUUUGUAGGGCUGAAACUAUUCCUUGAGUACCUCGAUUACAAAAAAUUAUAGAGGAAUUUUCUCUCAACGUGCUUACGUCACCACAGUAGAAGGAGGAGUAAGUGGGUUUCUGUAAUAGCAGAAGCAGGUAACAUAGGAGCUAUUCAGCUCUUGAACACAGCUCUGAGGCACUAAUGUCUUUAGGGGCAUUAUGAAAGUUAAUAUCAUAAUUAGCUUUCUUACAAGCAUUACAAUCCACUAACACACACGCUUGUUCCACAAUAAUUGCACUUUAACUUAAAAAAAAAAACUGUGUUUUAUCCAAUUACUCAAUUAAUUGAUGGAAUAUACAGUAGAAUACUCUAUUACUAAAAUAUUCGAUAGCUGCAGCUUACUUUACUCAUAUUUAGCAGUAUGGCUCCCACAAACUUAACACCAAAGCCAGUGGCAGGUAGACCACACCUCUCCGUUUAAUUUAUAAACUUGAAAAACCAAAGUUCAGAACAGAGCAAGCACCAGCAACAAUACAUGAUGCUGAAAGGAUUUGAUGCAACAUAUAAAUGAGGAGCUGGUGUGGAAGCAGGGGGCAAAGAGGUUGUGGAGAAAGCAUGAAGAUUAGGCAGGCAGAAGCAGUUCAAUAGAACGCCUAUGUUGACAUUUGUCAACUUAGAUGGGUUUGAGUCGUAGACUGUAUAAACUAUGGACAACUUGAUUCUGCCUUCCGUCAUUAUACAAAUUUAAGGCCGGAUAGCUCUCGGUAUUUCUGGGAUUUUCUCCACUUCCUGGAACCACCACUUGCGCAGUAGCAUUGUACGCAUUUGGCAGGAGAGUCGCAGAGAGUCGCUGUGAUGACACUCUGUUCAAACAGCAUAUCCCCCCGGGUGAGCUACUCAGUCUCACACCCAUAGGCUGUAUCAAGUGUCAAUCAUAGAAAACAUGAACCCGCUAAUAACUUUUAAAAAUGGAGCUGGACAGAAAAAAGAGGACUUGAGAACAAACCAGUCUUCCAGUAACUACAUGUCAACAUCACAAGCAGGGGGGAGAAAAAUUUAUACUCUGUGUAAUUAAUUUCUAAAGUUUGUCCACAGGUCCUUAGGGAUUACUGGAGGAGGCGGGGUUUAUGACCUAUACUGCAGCCCGUGCUGUUCUCAUGGUGGCUUCACCUAGCAAGGAGGCAGAUGGCGUCCACACUAUAUACAGUCUAUGGUUUGAGCUAACUGGCCCAAACUCCAUCCUUAAAAACAUUUAAGGAUGGAGGUUUGAUUUUAAGUUUGGUGCUAACAUUUGGAGGAAGGUCUCAAAGGCAGACUCAAAUGGCUCUUUUGAACAUACACUACAGGCCAAAAGUUUGGAAGCAAGGCCAUUACAGGCCGAACAGUUGGGAUUAACUUCAAGUAACUUCAAGUUUUUGUUCACAAUGUUUUUUUUUUAAAUCCAGCAUGAGUUUUAUGUAUUUUGGGAUGUAUUUACUCCAUGAUCAGAUGUUGCUUUCAUGGAAAUGCACCAUUUUACUCCAUUUACUUUUAGAUAAACAUUGAUGUUAACAGACCAUUGCUAAAUAUAUGUCAGCAAAAGAUAAUAAGGGCUUAGUUUUAGGGUUGAAAACAUUUGCAAGAGUCACAACUUCAGUGCAAAAGCAAAAAAACAAAUCACAGUUGGAUUAUUCACUUCAACUUUUUGGCUUUUGAGAGUCUGCAUACAAAAAUCCUAAUGAAUCUCAACUGCGUUCAAACUACCGCAAAAAUGGCUAGAAAGAAGCAACUGAGUAAAGAAACAAAAGUACAGAUUUGUACAUUGAGAAAAGAAGGAUACACAGAAAGAGAAAUUGCAAAACACCUAAAGGUGUUUAACAAAGGAGUCCACUACACUCUGAAGACUAGAGGAACCUGGAAGUUAUGAUGAUAGAAAAAGACCUGGACGAAAGAGAGUUACUACAAAAGCAGAGGAUAAACAUAGCACUGUUACCAGUAAGAGAGACAGCACCAAAAAUAAGGGAGGAAAUCAACAUGACAAGGUCAAAACCCAUAUCUCUGACAACCAUGAAAUGACGUUUGAGAAAGGCUGGUCUGAAGGGUUGUGUAUCUGCAAAAAAACACUUUCAUCCACAGAACAAGAAAAAGAGAUAUGAGUGGGCAAAAGCUCACAAAAAUUGGACUUAUGAUGACUAGAGACAAGUUUGAACUGUUUGGUUCAAAACGCAGAGUCUAUUAGCCUGGCUGGGCCAUCCUGUUGCGUGAAUCACUUGCCGUUCCUUCCCACAACUGUCUGGACUUCUGCCCAUUGGGAGCGUGUAUUAGCGAUCAGAAAAUAACCGGGCCAAUCAGUGACUGUGUUUCCACUGUUCCCCGGACAACAGGGAAAGGCAGCCCCUGAUUGGUCCAUGUGUAGAUGGUGACGUCUAACACAUGCUGCGGGACUUUUCAAAGCGCUGUUCAUUCAGAACGUCGUUAAUUCUGCAGUUGACUUUGCAAAGUCGGCAGAAAUCGUUUAUAUCCGCAGAAGACGUCGGAUAUAAGAAAGCAAAGUCUAAGCAACAAUAACUCAAAUACCUAAUAAUUAUAGUCAAAAUGUCUUCUGAAAAAUACUCUUUACACAAUAGUCAUGUUUAUUGUGUUGCAAAUUAUAUAUAUAUGAAACUAUGAUCUUUUUUUGUACAAAUCUGAUCUUGCUUCCAAACUUUUGGCCUGUAGUGUACUUCGAAAGACUUUGAUUCAUCAAACAACAUUACAGUGAACCCCAAAGUUGUUUAUAUCUUGCUGAGGUUGUGUCUCAUGUUGACUUCUUUCAUUCUAACUUAAAGAAACUUAAGAAAAUUUCUGCUUCUGAUGUUUGAAGGCUUUUGUGGUAAACUUUGACAGGACACAAUUCGCCCUUACAUUAAAAUGGUUUAAUGUCUUUACAGACUCCAUUAGACGCUGCAGAAAAAAUAUUUUAACCUUGUGGUUUUUCUGCAAAGUCUCUGUGUGCAGUUCUGAAGAAGUUGAAGGACAGCCUUUGGUUGAUAUUCACACUAUCAAAGAAAUUCACACAUAAAAGAAAGCGAGCUGAAACCACAGAACAGGACGUACAUUCAAUUGUGAGCCCAGAUAUCUGCCUUGGAUUUUGUCCACUGAAGAUUUCUGACUCUAAAUGUGAAACUCAGAAAUACAGGACACAAGGUUUAUUGCACUUUGCUAUAAAAUCAACUAAGUGUGUGACUUUAUUCCUUGUUACUGCGAUAUAUAAGAAAAGAUCCAACACUUAAGUCCAUAAUCCCCCUAAAAUCAGACAGAAAAUCAAUCAAACCAGUUCAAAACCAGUGGAGCAGCUCUUCUCACCUGAAGCUCCAACACUCUCUCACUCAUACAGGUUGCUCAUUUUAUUUUAACAGGUCACUUUGUUCCUCAUAAGGCUUUUAUCUGGGCCGACAGUGCACAUUUCUCAGGCAGAGAGCAGCUGCAGAGAUGAUUUAGUAAUGCUAUUCAGUCACACUGCUGGGUUUAAUCUUCUUCACUGUUACCUCUGCAGCCUCGUCUCUGGGCUCCUCUAAAGCUCCAGGCUGACAUAACUCCUGUGAGGUAUACGAGCCUGUCCCGCCCUAUAUCAUUGUUCAAUAAGCAGUCGUCCUCCUGGUCGUGGUCCCGGCGGUGUUUAAGUCACGACCUGGUCAAACACACUGCCCUCUUCUGCUUCUACUUGACGGGCUCAUUAGUCUAAAGGGCCAGGCUGGGGUCAAAGCAGCUAUAGAUGUUAUCAGCUCUUGAAGAGGUUAUCUGUUGUGCUGUUGCAACCUUUACUCCUGGCUUUUGAGGACCAAACAUGGUAUUUUCUGCCAUCUUUGACCAUAGGAUAUUGUGACUGUGGUGCUGUUUGAAUGUCUCUUUUCCUUUUUUUCCAGCACACCAUACCCUCUUGUGCUAAAGCUUAACCAUACUGUACAACCGGCUUGUACAGUAUGAAAAAAUAUACUUAAUGCAGUUGGGUUGCUAACCCUGAUCUUUGAAUGUUGCUCAUAUAGACUCAUUCAUGCUCAACGUUACAUACGGAUCCGGAUACAGACAGAGCUCUCUGUCCAUGCUUCUUUUCAUCCAUAUUUCUGCACCUAUCUUUAAAGUUUACGGAUACAGGCCAAACGGAGCAGAAGUGUUGCUGCUGUCACUACCAGAUACGCAUCUCUACAGAGAAACGAAGAAGACAAUGGCGGGGCUAUUUGAGGAUUGUCAUCACUUUCUUUCAUUGGCACUACUGAGGAAUUCUCCGUCCUCCAACUGCAAGGCAUUUAGUGGCCUGACCAUCCACCGCCUCCUCCAACGCUGCCUCCAUUUCUGUCUCCUAUGCAAAAUAUACAUUAUCACUAGCCCCUCCACAGUCGCCACGUUUCUUUUUGUUUGAUGUUGUCAGAAAGUUUUGACUCUGGACUGCCCCUUGGUGGAUGUAAUGGUCAACAUCCAUGCCAAUGCAAAGGACUCAUGGAAGUAUGUGGGCAGUGACGGAACCAUCGUUUGAAACGGACGUGUACAUUUUUGUACGUAUGGCUAGCAUAAAUGAGCCUUAACUACCACUUCUUUGUCUUCCUUGCAGAUGGCUUACCUACCUGGUCUUAAAAGCUGUAUUUCAGUCAAUGGCUCCUAUUUUAAACAUGCCACAGUUUCCACCCUUUUAAAGAAACCUUCUCUGUCUCUUCAAUCACAGGCCCAUCUCUACACUGCUAUUUUAAUCCAAGAUCUUAAAAAAGUUGUGUCCACUCAGCUGGCUUCUUUCACGAAUCACAUUCAGUUCCUAUUUGUCAAACAGGUCUUUUUCUGUAGUGCUUUGAAAUGCCCCCUUCUCUUGUGUGGGGUCCCCCAGGGGAUUACGUUGGGUCCCCUCUUGUUCCCUGUGUAUGUGCUUCCCCUGGGACAAAUCCUUCCACGACUUCCACUGAUAUGCCAAUGACACUCAGCUCUAUGCACCAUUGAAACCUUGCACCGCAAUGAUAUUCACAUCAUGUUCUGUCUUAAAAUCAAGCACAGGAUGUCUGAAUUUUUUUUUUUUUCUGGAGCUGAAUAACUCCAAAUCUGAAGUCGUUGUCAGUUUGAGGCACUUUUCCCUUGCCAUCAGUGGCUACCCCUGGAACUGAUGACAAGUUUAAAGCUGGAAACAAUCUGUUUUUCCUUUGUCCUGCUGUGCCCUGAAGACAACAGCUGAAGACAAUUGCUUUCUGUCUCCUGCUGUUAACACUAACCACAGAUGACAGAGCCGCUCCCCAGUGUAUUUGUGCCACAGCCAGAGCAUCCAUCCGUCCAUCCAUUAGCGAGCCUGCCACCAUCACCUACAGCACACUGACAUGUGUCUGCACCUAAUCCGUCUUGCAUAGUCAAACACAGUCAUCCUGGUAAUUAGUCAAGUCAAUUUUAGGUGUGUACCUAUUAGUUUUUACAUGGCUUCCACACUGCUGAUUGUUAAUGCUGCUGUGUUAAAUUAACUGCUGUCUUCCCUCACACAUUGUGCUUGUCUCUAUUGUCGCAGCGUUCUCAGAGGAGGAGGAAGAAGAGAGGGAAUUCUGAAGGAGGAUUCUUCUUUCCUGUAUGAUUUAGGAUUUUAUUUUUUUAGGAUACAACAGCAGGUGAACUUUAAGGGCAUUGGUUAGUGUAGGAUGUGAAGGCUGGUCUGAAGUCCAGAGAGGUUAAUUGUAUAGAAGUACCAAAACCACAACUCAGUUCGACUCAAUUUAUUUUAUAGGACAUCACCAGGAUAGUUAAGUUUUCUUUGACAGCUUGCUGAUAAGUUAAAUAGCUCCAGAUACUGGCAACACAGCUGUCUUUGAAUGUAUAACAUAAAAACAUUGAAUACAUUUAUUGGACUUAUUAAUUUUGAGCAAUUGUACAAAAAGUGGGACUCUUGCUGUAGCAAUGAAAGCACCAACAGCAGCUUAAAUAUUGAACUUCAUACAGGCAGACAUUUCUUAAACCUUGGCAACAGCCUCAACCCUCUGGAUCAUUCACUCUUUGAUCCAGAUCAUUUAGCUCAGCAAGAACCAGCUCUUUCAGCUCCCCAACUGGUCUUUAUUGUAUCCUUAUAGACAAGAGCUGGCUUUUAGGGUCAGAUCCUGCAAGAGUUUGAGGUAACAUGCAAACAGCUUCCCGGGAGUGUUUGGAUACAUUCGCUAUCUACUGGUUAUUGACCGACUGGUAAUGAGUUGAAAGCUCCACAUUCUGAGAGGGGCAGUGACACAUUCAUGGACAAAGACAAAGAUGGCAGAAACACAAUGGCAUGACAGAGGAAAACCUUUUGCUGAACUUCACCAGGCAACAUCAGUGUUUAUUGAGAAGUUUCCAGACUUAGUCCCUCUUGAAGUGUAGACACUUGGUGUGGAGCUGCAGGAUCCAUUAAUCCUUAUCUGCAUUUCAUAUUAAAAUCACUGCUGUGUGCAUGAACGGCUCCUGACUGAAGUUUAAUGUAGUGCCAAUACAGCCAGACAGUGACGCAGGGAGACGGCUUUUAUUUCAUUAUCUCCUCCCUUCUCCUCUGGAGCCUCAGGCAAAGCAGGCUGAUUGUUAUGCUGACCUUUCACUUAGUGUCGGUCUGAAUGCUCGACUCAAACACUGCCUCACAACUCAAAUGAGGCCUCAUGCUGUCGAGUCAGUGAGCCCUAGACUUUGCAAGGUCUUCUCUUGGCUCAGUUUUUUCCAGGCAUGAAGAAAAAGAAAUCCACCAGUGCUUUAUAGUGCAUCUGUCAGCUGUUUUCUGUAUGUCUCUUGGAAGUCAAAGCUGGCAGAAAUGUGGCCGAUAAAAACCACAAAUGGCACUUUUCCCUGUUAUGGGAAUUGAUCGGGCUCAGAGGCUCUUUCUCGGAGCGUGAUGCCGGCUGUGACACAUAGGUGCUGAGUGUCAGGUUAAUUGGGAUGAACUGUUAAUUGAUUUCUGAGGGAUUAGUGUGGUCUAUAGAAGCCUGUGGGUUUGCUUUUACCGACCUGACUGCAUUAGACUGGGGAGACGCUUAUGGAGGAAAGAGAGGAGAUAAAAGAAAUUCAGCUGGGAGAAAUGAAUGGCUAGACUCUCAUUUUUCUGUAUAGGAAUUUUUUUAUUCGAGGUGUAAAUGACCAUAAUAAUUCUUUUUGCUGGAGGUUUUAGUUGUGCAGUGUGAAAUAUUACCAUGGCUGGAGCUGUGGACAAAGAGGUCUUGUCCUUGUCAGUGGACCGAUUACAAUUAAAUGGGCCCCAAGGACAGAAAACCAUUAAUGGUCCUCAGACCAGAGACAGAGGAGUGUGGCUGCAUUUUUUCAGCAGCAAUUAGCCAUGACAGAACUUUCAAGUUCUGCUAUAGGGUGAACAUUACCCCUGAUCUGGACCAGAGGGGGUUAAGCAAACCCAAACCAGCUAAACUGAGAGUAAUUUGGAUAACAUUGCUGGUAGCCUACAAGUACAUAUUUAUAAUAGAGGGUUACAGAGAGCUGCAGCCCUGGCUAAAGGAGGAUGUUUGGGUAUUCUUGGGGCUGGGCAAUAAAAUGAUAACGAUAUGUAUCGAAAAUUAAUUUCCCUUAAUAUUAAUAUGAAACAUGGUCAAUAUGCUUUUUAAUAGUCGGCAUUCUGCCAUUUUUUAGUAGACUAUACGAGUAGCCAAUGAAAAGGGGAGUUGCUCUGGGUCUGCUUCGCGCUGAACCAAUCAUGUGCUGAAUUAGAACCACGUAGCAAAUAACUGCGUAGUAGCAGGCUGCGUGAAGGUGACAGCACUGUUGUUGAGGAAAAAAAAAAAAGAGUGCUGCCUCUGGCAGAAAUGCAGAUGAAAACGUCGGUGGUGUGGAGGUAUUUUGUUUUUUUUUAGGUCAGACAUGAAGCAGAGUAAUGUGCACUGUAAAUUAUGCCGAGUACAUGUUCUGGUAUACGUGGGGAAUACCUCAAAUCUUUUUCACCACCUGAAGCAGUGCCACGCAGCAGAGCAAGGAGCCCAUGGCGCCUGCGCAGCCAAAACAGCCGACGGUUUAGUCCACAUUCUCUAGAGCAACGCCUUACAACAAAACGUUGAAGAGAAAUGAAGACCUCACAGAUGCAGUAGCUUAUUGUAUUGCAAAGGACAUGCUACCGAUAAGCACUGUUAAAUUUCAUUUUUUAUAUUGUAAUAUAUAUCUAUAUCAACUGGUAUGAAAAAAAAUAUGUAGUGAUAAACUUUUUCGCAUAUCGCCCACCCCUUCGUGCUCCAAGACACCCAAAACUGUGAAACAAAAUCAAGCAGUCAGACCUCUAUGGAGGGCUGUUUUCUUGUUUCAUGUUAUUCACAGGCCGCAGAAUCAAACUGAAUCAAACAUGCAUCACCAUCCUUUGCAGAAUCUCAACAAAAUUAUAAAAAAAACACAACUAAAAUUGUUGUUUAAAAUCCAGAAAAUGCCAGUACUUCCUGUCCUCUGACUCACCCUCUCUGUUUUUCCAAGUAUCUCUCGUGCUGUGCCGACUUGCAUCUUCUCUUCUCCUCUGCUGUAAAAAAAAAUCACUGCCUGAAUAGUAAUUCUGUCAUAAACACAUGAGAAUAUGCAUCAGCAAAACAAAUUAACUAGUGGCAGCUUCUCCUUGCGUACAUCAAUAUCUGUUUUGGUCUUGUGAAGUAACCUCAGGCUGGGCUUUAAUGAAAAAAAAGAAAAAGAAAUGGACCCAGUCUGUUAUUCCUCCCUCACAUGCAUUCGUUUGAAACUGAUCAGAGAUCAGCGAAGCGUGAGUGACCACUUCUCAUCUCAGCCCAGCUUCUCCUCUGCGCUGUGAUUCAGUGCACAGCUAACGUUUCGUACCCGUCCCUCCUAUUUCCCCGCCACGUAAUCGAUGCAGAGAAGAGAAGUAAUGGAGGACUGGGCCUGCUGGAUCGUUAGCCUUUCUUCCAGCAGGCUGAUUACACGGGGAUGAUGUGGUUCUCCUUUGUUAAUGCCUGCUGUAAUAUUUCAAAGCUGCAGCUGAAACAGGAGGGCUUCUGUCUGUAAAUGAUAUGUGGGGUUAAUGGAUUUCCGUCUCUUAUUUGGUUGAAAGUGCAAAGACCAUCUAGAACAUUUAACCUGAGCAGAAUUAAACACUUUUAGAGCUCCUCUGUCAAUUUAAUAUUGUUUCUCCUGAUCUUCUUUUUUUCUCUCUCUCUUGCAGGAGUGGACUUCAAAAUGAAAACCCUGCUAAUAGAUGGUAUCAAAGUUCGGAUACAGAUAUGGUAAGAAAGCGCCGUGAGGUUCAAUAUUGGAGGGCUAUGUGUACGAUAUCUACAGAAUGUUAUCAGAUAUCACACAGCAGAGGUUAUUACAAAGAGGAUGAUGUUCAUUUUUGUGUAUGUUAUAACUGUCUCUGCUUGUGGUUGUAUUUUUCAUUUAGUACAAUAGUGAAAUCUCGCAGCAGCAACAACAACAACAAAACACAUCAGACACAGUCAAUAAAAUAAAGAUAGGACCAAACAGAGCUCAUAUGAUCCUCAGAUUUCUUCAUGAGUUUUCGGAGGGUGUAUAUUCAAUUAUUAUUGCAUGUAAUUAUUGUCAUAUUUAUCAAUAAUAAUAAUAAGAAGAAGAAAAUUUUAAUUAUUAGUUUAGGAAAAUGCGUUGUUUGAAAGUCUUAAUUGACAAACUUGCAAAUUGAUGGUAUAUAUAUGAAGCUCAGGUUAUUAACUUAUUCCUACUUGAAAAUGAAGAUAUCGCUUUACAUAAAAGUCCCGAGGCAAUCAGCUUGAGCUGCUGGAGACACAGAAGGGUUCUUGUGUUCAACAGGAAAAUCUGACCCUGUUUAAGGUGAAAUUAAGAUACCUGAUAACUGUUAGUUACUGCAGACAGCAGCUAUGGUUAGCCUUUAGCCACUUAUUGAAGCAGCUUACAGUGUAAAUUAAUGAACUCCUGGUGAACAAUAAAGGAGAACAUGGAUAUCUAUAUAUAAGCCAGGAAGUGAUUGCUAAAGUUUGCUAACAGCUACACCUAUCAAUUAUGCUGUUUAACUUAACUUAAGAAUAAUAAGAAUAACUUCUUGAUCCCCUAAGGGAAAUUCAACUUGCCUUGUCUAACUUGCCUUCACAGUCACUAAUAAGUCAAGAAAACACAAAGUGAUAAAGAUUCAUACUUCUAACUUAAGAAACACACCAACCCAACACACAACUGCCUGUUUGAGUUUUGGACCCUGGGUGAGUCUCAAUAGCUUCCCUAAAACCCUGGACCCUGGGCCCUUUAAGACUUAUUUAACCUCACCUGGAUACUGAUGGAGUGUGUGAGCCUGCAUGGGCCUGCAGAAUGUGACUUUGUGACCUCUCACUAAUCACUGACAACACAACACCAUGUUGUUGUAGUGGCAUUAAGACAGCGUUAGUUUUGCAUCAUAAUUCUGAAAAGGUAAAUGAAAAGCAAAGGAGUUAGUUUUAUAUCAACUCUACCUGCAGAUUUUACGACUAUAAAGGCAGGAAUUGUUAGUUUUAGUGCUGCAGUAUGAAUACAACCUCUCUGAUUGGGGAAUAAAUAUGCUUUAAAUUUUUCAUGGAUGCACUUCAUAGCAUCUUGCUGAGAUAAAAACAGGUGUACAUGUUUUGCAUUAUUUACUAUUUAGACUUACAGACACACUUAGUUUCUUUAGGUCAAUGUUGCACCCUUUGCACUUACUCUCUUUCUUUUUUUUCAUUUCUGUGUCCAUGCAUUUGUUCAUUCUUCCAUGCUUCCAGGGUUCUAAAAUACUGUCAAUAUAGUUUCAGUACAAAUAAUUCUGCUUUUUUAGUUUAAAAUCAUGCUGUUCCCUUACCACGAAAAUAUGUUGAAGUGUACUUCAAGUAUACUGUGUUUAAACUAAGUAUGCCUUCAGUUGACUUUUUAUGCAUUUUUCAGAGAUAUACUUAACAAAGUCAUGUUAAGCAUGCCUGGCUAUGGCUGAGUGAGUUAGCACGCCCCAUGUAUGGGAACCGCAGUCAUGGGUUUGAGUCCGGCCCUGACCACGUGCUGCAUGUCCUCCCCCCUCUCUCUCUAUCUCCCCACAUUUCACCCUGUACUAUCAAUAAAAGGCAAAAUCACCCCAAAAAAAUACUGUAAAAAAAGUAUGCUUGGCUUCGCUACAGUAUCUACAGUAUAAACUUUGAUCAAGAUAUACUCAAGUAUGUAUUUGUGCCUUAGGUUGAAGUAUACUUGGCUUUAGUAUGAAGUACAAGUCAGGCAUAUGUACUACUAUAGAAAUAGUAGCAUACCAAAAAAGUAACUUUAAGAUUUCAGAGUGGGUGCCCAAAUAGCCAAGCGGGUUAGGAUUUUCCCCUUGUUGGAAACCUUGGACCCUGUAGAGGUCGCAGGUUUGGUGCCAGUCAUGACCCUGUGCUGCAUGUCAUCCCACUCUUUCCAUCUCCCAUUAGCAACAAUGCUGACCCCCACCCUACCCAACCCCCCCCAAAAAGGUUGUAUGCAUCACAGUGUAAUUUUAUAAACUACAAAGUGCACUAGACAUUUAUCACUAGUUAACUAAUAGUACAGCAAGAAGUUUACUUUCAAGUAUUCUUCAAGUGUACUUUGAUUAACUUAAAUUGGGCCAAUUUAGUCCUAAGAAGUUUACUUGUGAGUACACUGGUAGUAUAUUUGUAUCAGUGUACAAAGUAUACUUUUGGAAGAAUACUAAAAUUAACUUCAGUAUACUUCAUAAAAUGUACUUGAGGUAUACUUUUUUGGAAAAUGCUGCUCCAGUUUCAUGGAAAGUUUGUGGUUGGGAGAUAGAUUCAUAAGUAACAGUGACAAAAACAGUACUUUACCUUGACACUUAUGGUUAAGCUGAUUCAUAAUAACUUCACAAAUGCAUCUGUGUGAUCAUGGCUUUACUGUUUUCCAGGGAUACUGCAGGCCAAGAAAGAUACCAGACCAUCACUAAGCAGUACUACAGACGAGCACAGGUAUGUGAUGAUCUCCACCACUGAUUCUGCUGCUGCUGCAGGAGACAUUAAACGCAUAAUGUUGAGAAGUGUUGCACAUCAUUUACCUGUGAAAUGAUAUUUAUUGCAGCCGCAGAAGCAACACAAACUGUAAACUUGGCACCACUUUAGCUACCUUAAUAAAUCAUGCAGGGUUUGUUCAAAAGGACCUUGUAUAAGUGCUUCAGCUUCACAAGGCCACAGCAGAACCAUUUCAACACAGCAUUGUAUGAAUUCCGUCUUUGUUCCAGGCUUAAAAAGUCAAACUGACUUAAAUUGAAUUGUCCGUUUACCAGAAACGGGCAAUGCGAUUGUGGGAAAGUGCCCUGUUGUUUUUUUUGUUCAGCAAAUCUUUCAUCCAGUCAGUGGCUUAUAAUCCAACACCAGAACUCAGUCCAGGCUGCCAGCUUUCUAAGUGGUGGUCUGCUGUGUUUACUGGAAUCAUAUCCACGUGUCUAAAUAUAUUGAUUUUAUAGAGCUGCUCUUAAGGAUGGAGAAGAUUCAGGACGUUUUUCACCUUUAAAGUGCUUCAAAUGCUCCACGCUCUCCUCUGUUUUUUAAUUUACACAUUUUUCCUCAGGGAAUCUUCCUGGUGUAUGAUAUCACUAGCGAGCGAUCUUUCCAGCACAUCAUGAAAUGGGCCAGUGACGUGGAUGAGGUGAGUCACAGAGAAGAGGGAUUUAUGAUCAACAGGCUUUAUGUUUCCUGUAUUGAAGAAAAGCAACCAUGCAGAAGCCCCAGGCUGACACGUUGUGAUAAAAAACAAAUGCUCUGAACCCGGUGGAAGCUCCGAUUUUAUGAUCAGUUUUAAGAUAAUUGUGUAUUCUUCGGUCAUAAAUACAGGAAGGAGAUUUUUCUCCUCUGUCAGUCACAUUUUUAUCAGUCCCGUCUGCUCUGCUUCCCCGGUCAGGUCCCUCCUGAUUUCAUUCUAUUAAUUUAGUCAUUAUAGCAUAAUUUCCUCCAUGGGUCUGUCUAUAUAAGGUCUAUUGAUCUUGGCACGCUCCCACCAUAAUUUUAAUCUAGGUCUCAUUUCCUGAGUGCUCUUGUUCCUGGGUUUUUCUCUCCUGCAUCCUCUUGACAUUUAAAAUCUCUCCCUGUCUUAUUUGACUGUGUUUAUGUUUCCCUCCUUUUAUCUGUGAACAUCUCCUGCUUUCUUUCAUAUGACAAACCCCUGCAGUACGCUCCGGACAAAGUGCAGAAGAUCCUCGUGGGGAACAAGUCAGAUGAGGUGGACAAGAGGCAGGUGGCCACAGAGCAAGGUCUUAAGGUGGGUCAGAAAAGUACUCACAAUGUACCUCAAGACCCCUUUUUGUCAGCUGAUUCUAGGGCUGCACGAUUUUGGCCAAAAAUAAAAUCCUGAUUUUUUUCUCUGAGACCUUGAUGGUAAAAUUUUAAUUUCAAUUUUGUAUUCAGUGACAACUUCACCAAACUUUACUUUAAAAAUGAAAAGUUUUCUAUCAUCUCUCUUCAUCAUUCUCUCAAAACGAGACCACUGAAAAUGAUGUAGAGAAGAAGAGUACAGAGCCUGCGUAUUUAGGCUGUGUCUCAUUUCAUCCGCAUGAGGCUGGGCGCGCUCAAGUGUGCUUAGCUGAGUGCACUGCUGUUAUGUGGACUUGCGUACCCUGAGUGAGAUGGUCCGGUUUUUGUGAAAUGGGACAGACUACCCUUCGGAGGACUUCCUGGUUGGGUCGCCAGAUGUCCCGUCCUCAGGCUCGCGUCACGACUGACUUGAAAAAAAGCCGCGGAGCACAGUAGUUAUUUUUUAAUUGUGCGACCUUUCACAGACACAAAACAGUAGAUACAUACAAGCACAGAUCAUUCCCACAAAAUUCAUCCAGUGAUUGUUUUGCAUGAAGGAGUAUGAGGGCCAUAUCGGGAAUUUUUUUCAAGACUUCGAGAUUUAAGUCAUGAAUUUACAAGAAUAAAGUCAUUAAUUUAUGAGAAUAAAGUCAUAAGGUUCCCUGUUAUUUCAGAGGAGACUUGUUAAAAUUAGGACCAUGUAGCAUUUGAAGGAACUGUGCUUCAGUAUAGGUUUCACAAACAAGGAGAUACUUCAUCCUCUGGCACAUCAGCAUCACAUUGUCACAAGUAUAAAGACUUAAAAAAGAAUAUAUGAGAAAUACAUCUUUUCCACAGGGAAAAAAACUGGUGUACUUGAAGAAAAUCGCUGCUUUUGUGGAGGCAGAAAUGAAUAUGCUGAGGAUAUAUCCGUUUAUGCAGCCGACAGCCGUAAAUAUCCGUGAAUGACAUUGAGCUUUAGUUUAUGAUAUGAAUCCAUAUGCCAUAAUAAGGUGUUGGUGUCUCUGCAGGUGUAGGCUACCGCCGCUGUCAGAGACGUGGUGCUCGUCAGAGCUCGACUCCCUCUGCAUCACAAAUGUUGAUCAUAAGUUGGAUGAUACACAAAAUCUCUCUGAAUGACCCUCUGAUACAUCCACAGAUAACCCUGCAGAUGACCAGCUUCAGUCAUUUCCCCUCCACAAAAGCAGCUUUAUGACUUUAUUCUCCUAAGUUUACAACUUUAAUCUCUAAAUCUUUACAAACAUAAAAAAACUCAAUGUGUCAAUGAUACUCUGCUGUAGUUUUGUCAGCUUUCUUAUUUUUAAUGUUUUUGAUUGUUGAAGCAGAGCGGAUCAGUUCGUCUCUAAAGAGUAUAAUGUUUGGUUUGCAGAUUUUAGUGAGUUAAGAGAUCAUGCGCUCAUGCAGCCUGAGCUGACUAUCUGCUGUUUUUGGAUUUCUUUUAUUAUCUAUGACGACGGGCUGCGUCUCCAAGCGAGUCCGACCUCUCACCCGAAAUACGUAGCUAUGAUUUCAGACAGACGAUUUAAAAUUGAUUAAUCGUGCAGCCCUGGCUGAGUCGAUCUAAAUCUUGUUAUUAUGUCUGCAUUUAUUAAAGAGUCUAACCCUGGAUCAUCACAUACCCAGCUUGGUUUUACAGCCCGUCCUCACCACAGGUUGGCCCAUUGAACACGCUUUCUUGCGUGAACCUUGCUACUUCAUCCUGCUGCUGUUGCUGCUGCUGGAAAAGCUUUGUCUGCUAAAAAAGUUCAAUAUUUUCCUCUAGCUAUUUAAAGCUCCCGUGAGGAGCAUUUUCCUGUCUCUGAAACAGACUGAAAUUGAUAUUGAUACCUCUGUCUGAGCUACAAACUCCAAAAAGACCUUCAGUGACAAGAUUGAUGAUUUCUAUAGAGUAGUUGUUUAUGCCUGAAACUUAUGUUGGGACGAGGUGUCAGCUUUAACUGUUUUCCCUAAUGAAUAAUGCAUCUGUAUGUCAAAAGUCAGCAAGAUGAUACUUUAUGUUCCUCACAGGGCGGUGGUAGCUCAGGAGGUGGAGCGGUCGUCCAAUGACCGGAAGGUUGGCGGUUCGAUUCCCCCCUAAUCCAAGUCUGUCCGUUGUGUCCUUGGGCAAGACACUUAACCCACCUUGCUCCCAGUGUGUGUCCUCCACUGGUGUAUGAUUGUGAGUGUUGUGUGGUGGUGGUCGGAGAGGCCGUAGGCGCAGAAUGGCAGCCACGUUUCCACCACCACCAAAGUGUGACUGUGUGAGCGAAUGAAUGAUGUAUCCAAUGUAAAGCGCUUUGAGGGUCUCUGAUAAAGCGCUAUAUGAAAUCUGAUGCAUUAUUAUUAUUAUUAUUAUUAAGGUUUUAAAAAAUUUUGAUAUUUUAGACUUAUUACACAUAAACUGAAAUAUUUACCUGUUAAUACCCUUAUCGGUCCGCACCCUUAAAAAAGUUGUCUUAAACCAAAACAGUGGAGUUUAAAAAAGAGCCUUAUCCGUACAAAUGCUGUCUUUGUCAAGAGAUACAUACUGUAUGUGAUGGUGCUCAUGGGAAAUUUAGACUCUAGUCCUGGAAAAGAACAAAUUUCGCCUCAUAGAUCACCAAAAUCAACACGCCAUGGUCUGAACUCAAUCUCUAGCUGUCUUCAGAUAUCAACGUUUUGAAAAGGAGCAUCAAGCAGCUUUUUCAAGGCCCUUGGAUCAGCCAGCAGAACAGAUUUUCUGCAUGCAAAUGUUCCCUUAUAGACUUUUAUGAGAGUUCGAUCAGUGCCCCUCGACUGCAGAUGGAAUUAUAGCAUCUAUGCUGCUCUUAUAAAGGCUGUUCCUCUGCAUUCAGCUAAAGUCCACUGAAAUGCUGCUGGGUUAUAUUACUUGUGCCACCAACUAAGUACAGAAAUCUGGACCUUCACCUGCACAUUCUUAUGCAGAACUAAAUCCUCUAUGCUAAUUGCAUCUGGGCUUGAACUCUUUCAAACCUGUACAUGGAGUAUGCAUCAGCUGCCUUAUCUUACAGCAAAAGCUCCUUGUUACCUCAGCGCCAAGGGACCCCCCAGGCUUAGUUUAGAUACUGGAAUAUAAACCACAGCGUAGACUCAGUCAGGUGUUUGUUUCUACUCCAUAAAUAUGCUAUAUGGUCCCUGACGCACUAAGCAGACUUUCCUCUGACUAAUACUUCAGCUCCUGUUGCCUCAUAUCUUCUGAAAAAGCUGCACUUGGAUGCGUGACUGCAUCCGACAGCCGUCAGACCUCUCUGCACCUGUGUGAAAGGAAAUAACUCGUCAGUGUGUCUGUGUCCAAAAGAGACACAAAAUGAAGAAUUGAGUUAGUUGAGGGGGAUGAACAUGUUCCUGUUAUCUCUCUUGCAGCUGGCCAGAGCUUAUGGAAUGGACUUCUUUGAGACAAGUGCCUUCACCAACCACAAUAUAACAGAGGUGAGGAGGGGAUCUGGAUGGCCUGGAGUUAUAACUUAAUGAAAACAGUGCUGGUAAUAAUCACAGAACAAAAGGGUGACUUGGAAAUAACAAUGCCUCCUUUCUCUUUCUCCCUCUAUUCCUAAGACCUUCACACGAUUGACGGAACAGGUGCUGGCCGCCAAUAAAAAGGACCUGGAUCUCCUCCGGAUGUCUAUUAAUGAUGAGAUUAAUCUUGCUGCUCUGGAGGAGGAGGAGGGACUCUGUGACGGCGCAGCAGCCGACCAAGGCAAAGGCUGUUGGUGUUAAAGAAACAACACAAGUUAAAGCUAAUUACCUGUUAUCACCAGACUGUUUGCACACUUUGGGUGAAGUUUAUCUCUUUUUGUUGCCGGCUGAAACAAAAGAGGAACAUGAAGCUGAGGUUUUCAGAGCCAGCUGUGUCCCUCUGACUUUCAUGUAACGCAGUAACAAGACGAUAAAUGUUGGUUUGACGGACUAGUGAAAGACAUUUAGCCACAGAGUGUGUCAUCACUUGAGGUCCGACUGUUGAAGUUAUCUCAGAGGGACAGUUUUCAUCAUCUUACACGCUGGUGGGUACCUGCUCAGUUUUGUGCAUCCUUGUGAAAUCAGAAGUGAUCUUUAUCUGUUAAAAACUCAACAUUUGAAAAGAAAAUUUAGACUUUAUUUCCUCAUAGACUUUGUACUGUUUCCAGGUUUAGAAUGAAGGGAGUGGCUCAAAAAUGUGCGACACAGACUUAAAACUCUUCAAAAGUUGUAUUUCACCCUAGUUUUUAAUGCAUUUCUCCAUUAUUGAUAUUGAAUAGGGCUGAGUGCCUUGAAAAUCAACAGUAUAAGUGAUUACAUUUGGCCUCCAUUUGCCCCUUAAGUGAUUUCUUUAUGUGGGUAUUAGCACUGCUGCCCCUACAGCCUCCCUACCUUUGAAUGCAGUUCAUGUAGUGUGAAGAUCUGACCACAAGAGGGUGCUGCUUGCUCUGCAAAAGCAGCACCCUCACUACAGAGACGUCAAGCUAUUUCAGUGUUAUUUUUUUUGUUUGCACUUACUGCUGCCACCUUUAAAGGGAGAGAGAGUUCACAUAUGCAGCUUUUUCUGAAAUUUUCCUCAUUAUGUUUCAUGCAAAUGCUCCUCAGAUUCUAUUUUUUUCCAUGUUAAGUUCACACAUACACUUGUUGAGAAUUUGAAGUUGCUAGUAGAAGUUGAUACUCUGAGAGGAAAAUCUUUAUUUCCUUGUAGCAGAACUGAAGAUGCAUCAUUUUGUAGUCUUUGUGAAUAACAGAUGGUUUGAUAACUGUCCAUUGCAUUGUAAAUACCAGGUUUUUCAAAGCAUUGUAUAUAGGAGUAUUAAUUUAUUCUAUUUCCAUUAGAGGGCUGUGUGAAAAAAAAACUAGUGUCAGAUUUGAGAUGGUCUUGAAUAUUCACACUUUGAAGAUGAAAAUCUGUCAUUUUGUCUUCUCCCCACAGUUUUGUACAAAAAGUCUAAUGGAGAUGCCAUUUUCCUCAUGGACUAACAAAGGACAGUGUGAGCUUUGCAUGUGAUUCACUUUUUUUUUUUUCAUCCCAACUUCAGUGAAGUUAAUAAUCUGCCGACCAUCAUACAGAGCAUUUGACCAGAGCUGCCUGUUUCAGUCUUGAACAGAAUGACCAUCAUCGGACAAAGUUAAACUACGUUUUUCUGCAACUUAGUAACCCCAAACAAUCGUUAAUCUUUGCAGUGUGUGAAAUGGAAGUAUGUUGUUCUGGACUGAGCUCUAGAUACAAAAAUCUAUCAGUGUUGUUCUCUUUAUUUUUCUUCUAGACUUCUUCGACCUGUAUUUGUGGAAAUAUAUUUCAUGCAACAUGUAAAAUGGAACCUGUUAUUCUUGGAGAAAAGAUGUCAGAUGUUUGAGUAAAGACUUGCAGAUAUGAGUCACUGU